AUGGAAAGCAGGCCCACCUGGCUCCUGGCAUGCCAUGAGCGGUGGGAGUUCUCCCUGGGGACGCGGCUCUGCCGGCAGCUCGGCUACCUCAGGUGCGUGGUGCUGCCAGGGGCUGAGGGCCCAGGCGAUGGGAGCCUGGCAGCUGUGCUGUCACGCUGCAGGAUGAGCCACCAGAAGGCGGUGAACGUGACAGACGUCCGGCUGGAUGGCGCGCAGCAGUUCGCCCAGAUAAGACCUGAGCAGGGCAGCCGUCUGCAAGACAUGUGGCAGGUCAGACGGCGGCGGGAGGCCUCCGGCUGGCUGGUGUUUGCUGGUGUGGUUGCCCACGGUGCGUUCGGGCAAGAGGCAGGGACAACGGUGGAGAAAAUUAUCUAUCACUCGCUUUACGAUGACAAAACUCUUGACUACGACAUCGCCCUGAUGAAGCUCCAAGUCCCCUUGAACUUCUCGGACGCUGUGCGCGCCGUGUGCCUGCCGCCUGCCCGCCAGGACCUCCUCCAGGGCUCCUACUGCUGGGUGUCUGGCUGGGGCUACACCAGCCCCGAGCAAGCGCAGGUUACCGAGACACUGAAGGAAGCUCUGGUGCCUUUGAUCGGCACCAAGCGGUGCAACAGCUCGUGCAUGUACGCGGGCGAGCUCACUGCCAGGAUGCUGUGCGCCGGCUACCCGCACGGGCAGAUCGAUGCCUGCCAGGGGGACAGCGGCGGCCCGCUGGUUUGCCAGGAUGGACCCACGUGGCGCUUAGUUGGCAUCGUGAGCUGGGGUCAGGGCUGUGGGGAGCCCAACCACCCGGGCGUUUACACUAACGUGGCUCAGCUGCUGCCCUGGAUUCACCACAUCACCGAGGUAAGCCGCAGCAAGCGGGCAAAAAGGUGGAACACAUAG